GGCACUAACUUCAGUACAGGAGCACCAUGGGCAAGCUUCUCAUCUGCGCUGGGUUGGCUCUCCUGCUGCAUGUGCAGCUAGGAUCCUCCUACAUCCUCUCCUGUUACUUCACCAACUGGGCCCAGUACCGGCCCGGUGCCGGUCGUUAUACGGUGUCCAAUAUCGACCCGUGUCUGUGUGACCACCUGAUCUACGCCUUCGCUACCCUUAGCAACAACCAGAUCGCCACCGUCGAGUGGAAUGAUGUGCAGCUCUAUGGACAAUUGCAGGCACUCAAGAGCCAGAACCCCAACCUCAAGACCCUGCUGGCUCUCGGUGGAUGGAACAUGGGAGUCACCAAGUUCUACAUAAUGGUGUCCACAUCUGCUAAUCGUCAGGUCUUCAUCUCCUCGGCCAUCAGCUUCCUGCGAAGUCACGGCUUCGACGGCCUCGACAUCGACUGGGAAUUCCCCGGAUUCAGAGGCAGCCCCGCCGUCGACAAACAGCAGUUCGCCACACUGUGUAAUGAGCUGUUCAGUGCCUUCUCCUCUGAGUCUCAGCGUACGGGUCGUCCUCGUCUGCUGCUGACCGCUGCUGUCUCCGCCGGACAGAAGACCAUUGACAGCGCUUACUCCAUCCCUGACCUCGCCAAUUCGUUGGACUAUUUCCACGUGAUGACGUACGACUUCAGCGGCUCCUGGAUGAGUGUGACGGGAGAGAACAGCCCUCUCUAUCAGGGCAACGGACGAUAUGGUCACAACACCGCCUUUGCUAUGGACUACUGGAAGAGUCAGGGUGCCCCUGCUGAGAAGCUGCUGGUUGGCUUUGAGACCGCUGGCCGCACCUUCCACUUGGCUGGCCUGGACAACACCGGCAUUGGAGCGCCCUCUACUGGCCCGGGGCCCGCAGGACAGUUCACCGGGGAGAAAGGGAUGCUGUCUUACUAUGAGAUCUGCUCCCUGCUAAACCAGGGUGCCACCGCAGUUUGGGACAAUGGCCAGAGUGUUCCCUACGCCUACAACACCCAGCUGACAUGGGUGGGAUACGACAACCCUCACAGCGUGGAGCUUAAGGUCCAAUGGCUGAAGCAGCAGCAGUUUGGUGGUGGGAUGGUGUGGACCAUCGACAUGGACGAUUUCAGCGGCACCUUCUGCGGCCAGGGCCAAUACCCCCUCAUCAGCACCAUCAAGAACAACCUCGGCAGUGGUACCUGCUAAAGAGUCUACAGGAGGUUUCAGAGCUACUGCACUUGACAGGCCUGCAGCUCCUUCAUCUGUUCCUGUUGCCACGACACACACACACACACACACACACACACACACACACACACACACACACACACACACACACACACACACACACACACACACACACACACACACACACACACACACACACACACACACCUGACAGGUCUGCAGCUCCUUCAUCUGUUCCUGUUCUUCGACACACAUGUGUAGAGCAGCAAUAACGGAUACUAACAUUGUAAACCACAAUCGAACAAUAAAAGCAUCAAUGAAAUUAAAAA